GUUCCCCUCCCCCAAUUCCCCAACACUGUUCCCUUCCCCCAAUUCUCCAAUUAAAAAAAAAAAGAAAGAAAGCAGCUGCUUUAUGAAUGGCUUUCUCCCCCGCCCCUCCACCCCUGCCCCAGUCUCUACCAAUCAAAUUUUAUUAUUUAAUUUAAUUCUUUAAAUCUGCACUGACUCUCCUCCAUCUCAUUUGCCAGGGUCACAGUGUGAUUCCCCAUGCAGCCCAGCAGAGGGGCACAGAGAGUGUGUGCCCAGCAGUGCCCUCCGCGAGGCCCUUUACCAGUGUCUCUCGCGGAACCACACGUUUACUGUCUCCCUGUAUUCAUUUAUUCUCUGGUUAAGUCGAGUAUUGAUUACUGAAUACCCACUCUAAGCUAGGUAGAAAAAUAGAGUGUGCUUCGGAAACUCUUAGUCCGUUUUCAGCCGUUAGCACAUUUCCAGCUUCAAGAGCCCUCUCUCUGCUCCCAUUAGGUCACGAUGUCUGAUUCCGAGAUGGCUAAAUUUGUGUUCUGAGCUUAUUGUGACUCUUCCGGCAUUAUUCGGGGAGCAGAGUAGAGGCCACUAUCCUCUGUCCUGAUCAGGUGGCCCGGCUCUCAGCUUCUUUGGACUCCUGUGCUCCAAAGCCACUAGGAGCCUGAAGAGACCCAACAGAUCCUGGUUCUGGAGUGUUCUGGACCUAAGACUUCACGGACACUCUUCCCCAAAGCCAGCAGCACUGCGUUAAGAGCCCAGGCUCUGUCCCUGGCCUUAGCGGGUCUAUCAGUUUCUUGUCCAUGUCAUCCUCUUGCUCAUGUUAAGAGGAAGUGUGAACUUCUGACGCCAGCUGCCGUGAACCAUGUGUCUUUUGGCAAAGACACUGCGUCUCUUUGGGUCUCCCUUUCCCCGCCUGUAAUGCUAAGGGCCUGGACGCGGAGCGCUGGUGGCCUGUGUGUGGUCUGCCUCUUGCUGCCAUCCUUUCUCUCCUCUGAAUUUUGUUGUUGUUUUUCUGUUUUCCCUGGGAAUGCCCAGGCUCACUGGAUUGUCUGUAUUCAUACGUGAUUGUGCCAAGGGACUCAGCCUCAUGUAGCAUGUACAGAGGUACGACUCAGACCUUAGUGACCUGCAGAGAGCUCUCUCCCACUGACUUACGUGGCUUGUGUAGUCUGCUUUUCUCUUCAGACCGACCUGGCCCCUUUUCCCACCUGCAGCUCUAUUCCAUGUAAGUUGCCAGCAGAUUCCCCGAGUAGUGGGGUGUGCGAUGGUUUCGGCGUGGCGUCUUCAGUGUGACGGGACGGUCUGACUUCACUGCGGGGAUGAUGUGUGUAGCCAUUGGAAGAACCCUCCUUACAACAUACUUCUGUGUCGCCGAUUUUGCUUAUGCUCAAAAGAGGCAAGACCAACAACAGCUGAGAGAGAAAAGGGUACAGAAGUGUUGGGGAGCUGGGACCACCAGCUGCCCGGAACUCUAGGUGUGUAAAGGAGACAGGAAGAUCUGUGAAGAUGGGAACUCUAGAGGAAGCAGGAGAAAAGACAUCGGAUCUGGGGUAAGUAAGCUCUGGCCUAACUCGAUGGGAAAUAAGUGAACAGUCUUGAGGGCCAUUCCCACCAUCCAGCUCUUACCAGGUCUAAUCUCGGGUUCCUAGAGGCAAUAAGACUAAGGGAAUUUGCAGGGAGGGCAUGGGUGUGGCUUUAGGUAGGGAGUGUUGGAAUGGUAUGGGAACUGGCAAACGGAAGGCCAGGGUAAUUCCCUAUUUGUGUGUGUGUGUGUGUGUGUGUGUGUGUGUGUGUGUGUGUGUGUGUGUGUUUUAAGGAAAUAUGUGAUGAUUUGCCCCUGCUCUCUUGUUUUCUAACCCUCGCCCUCCAAAAUGGCCAUUAGGAAAACUGACCCAGAAUUAAUUUAGAUCCGGGUUCUCCUCCCCAGCAAAUCUUCCUUCCUCCUUUCCUUCUUCCUCCACCCCUCCACCCAUGCCAUGGUUUCCCCUGGCCACUCCCAACAUGGUGGAGGAAAGGCAGGCCUGACCAGGUGCCAUUCCCCCCCAGCUUUACCCAGUGAUAGUGGUGCAGGUCUGUCGGGUUCCAGCCAAUUGUAGUGGGAGAACACUCUCACCCCUACUGUGUAGGUGGAGCGGCUGGCACAGAUGUAAUGAUUAGCUUUGCAUUCUAUCCUUCCUCUGCUCCUCAGCCCAAAAGGAGGGGUGAUCUGUGUCUAGCAAUUGGCGAAGCGGGUGGAAACAUCCUCUGCUCUGCACCUGAAUCACUCUUCUCCAUUCCAGGGUCUCCUACCUCUCAUCUAGUUCCCUUAAGAUACUGCCUAGUUUGUCUCAUCCUAAUCUUUUCUUCGGGGGGGACGGGGGACUAUCUUAGGGACAGGGAGAAUGCAGAAGCGACAGGACUACAAGCAUCCCUGAGACUUGGGGGACUGGAUCUGAAGGAGGAAUGGCAGGAUGAAGAAUUCCCUCGAUUGCUUUCUGAAGAGGCUGACCCUUCCAAAAAUGCUGCCGAUCCUAAAAGUGACUCACAGGCCGGUACCCCCAGCACGUUAGCCCUGUGUGGCCAGCGCCCCAUGCGUAAGCGUCUUUCUGCCCCAGAGUUGCUGCUGAAUUUGACAAAAGGGCCUGGAGACCAUGGAGCUUCUCCUCCCCGCUCUGUACCUUCCUCUCCCAGUGGCAGUUCUGACCUGGAAGUAGACGAUUUAGAGACACCGUCCGACUCGGAGCAGCUGGACAGCGGACAUGAGUUUGAAUGGGAAGACGAGCUGCCCCGGGCAGAGGGCCUCGGGGCCACUGAGGCAGCUGAAAGGCUGGGCCAGGGUUGUGUGUGGGAUGAGGCUGGUGAAAGUGGUCAUCGCUGGAGGGUGUUCCGAACUGGCCAGCGGGAGCAGCGAGUGGACAUGACAGUCAUUGAACCCUAUAAGAAGAUCCUUUCCCACGGAGGUUACCAUGGUGAUGGCCUCAAUGCUGUCAUCCUCUUUGCUUCCUGUUAUCUACCCAGAGGCAGCAUCCCCAACUACACCUAUGUCAUGGAACACUUGUUUAGGUACAUGGUGGGAACCCUGGAGCUGCUGGUAGCUGAGAAUUAUGUGCUUGUUCACCUGAGUGGAGGCACCAGCAGGGCCCAAGUUCCACGUCUGAGCUGGAUACACCGGUGUUACCGGACUCUGGACCGGCGGCUCCGGAAAAACCUGCGCACCCUGGUGGUUGUCCAUGCCACGUGGUCCAUGAAGGCGCUCCUGGCGCUGCUUCGGCCCUUCAUCAGUUCCAAGUUUACACGCAAGAUCCGUUUUCUGAACAGCCUGGGAGAGCUGAGCCAACUCAUCUCCUUGGAUCAGAUCCACAUCCCUGAAGCUGUCAGACAGCUGGACCAGGAUCUGCAUGGCUCCGGAGGAACCUAGCGUAGGACCGGAAUAAAGGGCCUUAGAACUAAGCAAAGAUACCCAUCUUCCUGCACCAAACCCUGAAACCUGAGCUCUUGUGUAAACAUCUUUUUCACCCCCAGGACCCCUGGAUCUUCACAUCUCAGUGGGUGUCAUUCCUUCCAUGACCCUGCCUUCAAAGCAGGGCUGGUCUGGAACCUGAUCUGCUGGGUGACUUUUAUUUCAGAAGUGGGGGUCCAUAGGGUGGCAUUUGGUAUGCGAAGUGCAAGGCUGUGGUUCUGAGUCCUGCUUUAGCUGUAGAACCGUUGUCUCGGAGCCAUCUCGUCUUCUGUAGACGAAAGAGCUGCAGUCCUUUCCACCUGGGUAGCCUGGCAGUGAAGGUGAAGGUGAAGGGUGGUGGAUGGGAAGGGCAGGGCCAGGAGUCCCUCCCUAAAUCUGGGAGAGCCGUACGCCCCCCUUUCCUUCUUAGCUCUGUCUGCUGCCUAUGAGCCUGGGGAGGCGUGUUUUCAAAGCCUGUUCUUCUGUCCUGUGUGGUCGACUCAGACCUGUAGCGGUGAAUAAACUGCGAUGAGAGGUUUAAGCUCUGCGCCGAGGAAGUGAACUCUUUCCCAGGAUCCUUGCAUCAGGAUCCGUCUGUCGGCGGAGCUCUUGUUGCGGGGGUUCCCAGGAUUUUUAGCCGAGCCCCUGGGGCCGCGGGAGCCACGGGCAGAGGGCCUGGGGGCGGGGGUGGGGGCGUGGCGCGCGCAUCAGAGCUCCCCUCCCCCGCGGGCCUCAGUUCUAACGACCCGGUGGGUCCAGAGCCGAAGGGAGGGAGAGCAGAUAGGAGUCCCGGCCUCGGCCACUGGCCUCCCUCC